AUGGCUGCACGGAGACGCCGCGGGACCUUCUGGCAGCGGGAGGAAGUCCUUGCUAUGCUGGCCAUAGCGGAGAGUAGCGGCCACGCUGCCCAGCUGAUGUCCAGCACCCACCUGAACACCAGGCAGAUUUACAGGGGCAUGGCCAGGAGCUUGCAGCGGAGGGGCUUUGACCGGACUGCAGAGCAGUGCCGGUCAAAAUUCAAGCGCCUCCGCUGCGAGUUCAUGGCCAGCCUGCAGGCCUGGGGUGGGAUCCCUAGGGUGUCCGGUAGGACACCCUACCAUGAAGAGAUGAUGCGUCUGUGGGAGCUGGCGGGGAGACCGCGCUGGGAGGACAGGCACCCAGAAUUUCACAACCGUCCACGAGGUGCGGAGGAGCAGCCAGGGCCACCCGUGCAGGAAGAGGAGCAGGAGCCCGAGGGUGAUCCCGAAGGUGCAAGUAGCCCAGCAGGCACACAGGAGGAGGCUGUGCAGCCUGCAGCAGAAGCGGCAGCAAGUAGCCCUGGAGGCACACCGGGGGAGCCUGCAUCUUCACCAUCACCAGCAGCAGCAGCGGCGGCGGCAGCUGUGGCGGCGGCUGAAGAGGAAGCAGGGCCAUCCAGAGUUGCACCGGUGGCAGAGCCUGAGCCUGUGGUGCCUGCGGAAACAUGGCUUGGAGACAUCAGGCGCAUAGAGGAACUGUGUCGGUCUACAUUCAGCGCCUUAACAAGACGAAUGGACGCAUUCGACAGAAGGCUGCGUCGCCUGGAAAGGCGGGUUCAAGGGGGGGGGCUGUGAAAUAAUGUUGGUGUUGUUGUUGUUGUUAAUUGUUUGUUUUGAUAAAGUAAUGUUAUUGUUGAAA